CUCGUCAGUCUUCGUUCCACUCGGCAUCACCGGCCUAAAUAUUUUUACAGAAGUGUUGCCGCUAAAACGACAUCCAUUUGAUCCAUCUAUGUACGGCGAACGCGAUUCGGUGAAUCCAGUUGCGCGACUUUACUACCACUACCACCACCGGCACCACCACCUGACCAUUCCCAUUGUCGCGCUGAUAUGUCAAGUGUCACCGGCAUGGUGCAGGUGUUCUCGCUGACAAGGUUCAGUUGACGCGCGCGCACGUGCAUAUGUAUAUGUAUGUCACGACAAUAAACCGAUUUCCCCAAUUCCCGCGAGAGACAUAGUACUAUGGACGCGCCGUGGUCGAUUUAACGCCAGUAUUCCGUGGAGAAUGUGCCAUGUCGGUCUCGGAUCCUCUCGUCAAAGAGCUGAAAGGAUGGACUCGAAAGCUGUUAGAACAUACUGGAGAAAUCACCGAUGAAAAUGAGGAUCUAUGUCACUUUUGCAAGUGCUUAGAAAAUUGCUUGCAAAAGGGUUUACUGCCUACACUCGAUAACAUUGGAUACUUAAAGGUACCUUAUGCGUGGCACUGGUUAGAAUAUGUCGCAGAAAGGAAUUACAGUGGAUACAAUACGUUCCUUUUGGUAGUCGAGCAAGUGAAGCAAAAUGCAAAGGUGCACACGCCUGCUGGGCGACUUCGUCUUUUGAUAAGGAUAUGUUUGGUGCGAAGAUGCCUUCACAUGCCGGUAGAAAUACUGACUAGAGUACCAGCUCUAGCUACUGAAUUUUACAACUCGAAAAGCAUCUUGGGAGAUGACAUUCUACGGGAGAUAUUACUAUCUGUGUUACUGCAGUGCAGCAAGUUUAAUUUUAAACUGAAUUUGAGAAAUGCAACUUUCCUGGAUGACACCUGGCAGAUACCAAGAUGUGUAGCUUUGGAACUGGUACCUUGCAAAAGUUUAGGGAUUUCUGUAUGUUUCACCAAUGAAAAGGCAUUGGUCGUCAAUGUCAACGAGAAAUCAGUAGCGGCUGAGGAUAAUAAAGUCGAAAUUGGAGAUGUACUGGACGAAAUAAAUGAGAAUGUCAUCAAUGGCGAUAGCAAAGGGAAACUACGUAAAAUUAUGAGGAAGGCUAGUGGACAACCAAUAAUGCUACAUAUCAUUAAGCAUUACACCAAAAAAUCCUGUGAACUUUACGAACCAAUAGUGCAUCUUAUAAAACAUUCGGGCAUCGAGAGCCUGAAGCCUUUAAUACAGAUAUCAAGAUCAGAUCACGUGGAGGAAGUCACUAAAAAAAAUCAAAUCUCAAAGUUAAGAACAAAGACGUUAAGCAAUGGAUUCUUUGUUAAAUAUUGCGGCUCUGUGCAUAUCGGUAUGGAGGGAGAUGUUAAACAAAUUGAGAAAGCCAUUUGGCGCUUACUGAAAUCGGGAAAAGUAAAUCAAGUGCCUGUGCGAUUUGAAUGCUUAGAAAUUGGAAUUGUAGUAACUCAGGAAGCAGACAAUCAGACAAUAUGCAAACAAAGUUAUAUGGAAAUCUCAUCAUGUGGCCGUACUGUUAAUAUCCCAGAUUAUUUUGCAUUCAUUGCAGGAGAAACAAAUUGUAACAUGGCAACAAAAUUUGAUGCUUACAUUUUCUAUCAUCGAAAUGAAAUCGAGGUUCAACAAAUAUUACAAAGUCUGGGACAAGGCUUUCAACGUACCCAUUUUGCAGUAUAAACUAUAUAUAUAUACAUAUAUAUAUAUACAUAUAUAUCGAGAUUUAAACUAUAUUAUAGGAAAAGAGAAUAUUGUUAUCUUUGUACUAUCCUUAUAUUAUUCAUUAAUAUUUUUUCUCAAAUUUGUGAAACCAAAGAAUUUAAUAAAAUUAUAUUAUAUGUA